AUGUCUUUUCAAAACCAUGAAGAAGGCUCUAUCUAUGUCCCAAAAGAUGGAACCUCAUGGACUGUGACAUCUACUUCAUACUCUACAGCUGGGAAAUAUGUAGCUCAAAAUGUGCAAAAAGAAAUGUCAGAUCCAACAUUUUAUGUAAAAAGAUGUGUCCGGGGCAAUGUGUCAAGUGUUUGGAGGUUGUUUGUGGAUGAAUUGAUGUUAUGCCCUUUUCAAAAGUGCAUGGAAGCACAGGCAAUUUUGAACAAUGAAGAAAAUUGGACAUCAUUUUUAGAAGAACUUGAUUCUUUUAUUCCUAUUAUUUAUGCAAAAAGAGCAUAUGGUUGCAAUGAUAUGGAUUAUGAUUUUUGUGGAAUAAUAUAA